AUGAAAAUGGGACUUAUUUACCUUUAAUGGGAACUUGUUAAGGUUUGGAAUAAAUAAUCUUAGGGAUUACAAAUGAUGAUAAGAGUUUCUAUUGCUAAAGAUAAUGAUGGAAAAACUUUUGUAGCUACUAUGGAAGGGAUUAGAUUUCCUAUUUAUAUAAAUUAAUUUCAUCCUAAAAAAAAAUGCUUUUGA